UUCAAAGGCACUCGCAGCAGCCAUUAUAUAUACCGCCGAUUUCUGGUACGACUUCCACCAGCGAGCGAGAGAGGGAGAGAAAGAGAAGAAGAUAUGGGCAUUACAAAGGAACAAGUGGCGUCUGCCUUGGCCUCCAAGCUGAAGCCCUCACACAUGGAAAUCACCGACACGUCUGGAGGGUGUGGUGCAAGCUUUUCCAUUGAGAUAGUCUCUGAACAAUUUGAGGGGAAAAGGCUGCUGGAAAGGCACAGGAUGGUGAAUGCUGCACUUGCUGAAGAGCUGAAACAGAUCCAUGCCCUGUCCAUCACAAAAGCAAUCACUCCAACUCAAUGGGGACAGCAGAAGCAACAGGCUAAUGCUGCUGCAUAGGAAAUCUCCAUUAUGCUUGCUGGUUGUACGUUUAAUAUGCUAUUAACAAUAGACAGUAUGGAUGCUUAUCUUUGUCUUGCUGUUGGAAACCUGAUCUAUCAGGAAUAAACAAUAACUUUAAAUUUAUAAAAGGUGUAACUCUGAUAAUUCGCUUUC